UGUUCAGCGUUUGGCUGUGAUAACCUUCGAAGGAGUCGGCUGUUCGGCUUUUCCGCCUAGAAGGACGUCUGUUUUGACGCGCUCUCCGGGUGUGAAAUCGAGUCUCCGCGUUAAAUCGUCGAGAAGAAUAAAACAGGGAGUCAUCGUAGCCAGGAUAUCAGCAGACUGUAAGUCAGCCUCGCUGUUUUGUUUUGGUUUUUUUUUUCUUUUUGAUUUCUUGCUUCCGUGGUCCUUUGCGUCCAGACCACAGCCACAGCGAUGCCAGAGACAACGCAAGAGACGUGCGCUUCGGCCAAGGACUCUCCUUUCUUCAUUAAGAAUCUGCUGAACUGUGAUAACAAACCGUCCAAACCCAAACCCGUGCUGGCUGCCGCUAAGGCGGCUUUGGAGGGGGGAUUUUCCCUCUCCCAGGUCGGGGAAUUCAACUUUCCACGCUUUGACCUGCCCGCACAGAGGUUCAGUCUACCGGCUCACUACUUGGAGCGCACCUCGGCGUGGUGGUACCCCUACGCCCUCAGCUCAUCCGCCCACCUACACAGAACCGAAGUCACCGAGAAACCAGGAGCCAGAGACUCCUCUCCAACCUCGGGCACGGACAGAGACUCGCCGGACCUGGUGCUCAAAUCCGAGCCAGACGCCAAAGACGACGACGAGGACGACGAGCACAACAACAACAAAAGCGGCGACGAGAUCAUACUGGAAGAAAGCGACACGGAAGAAGCCAAAAAAGACGAGCUGGGGGAGUGGAAGAAGAUGGACGACGACAAGAAGCCGUGUCGCAAGAAGAAGACGCGCACGGUUUUCUCCCGGAGCCAGGUGUUCCAGCUGGAGUCCACCUUCGACAUGAAGCGGUACCUGAGCAGCUCGGAGCGGGCCGGCCUGGCCGCGUCCCUGCACCUGACGGAGACUCAAGUGAAGAUCUGGUUCCAGAACAGAAGGAACAAGUGGAAAAGGCAGCUGGCCGCGGAGCUGGAGGCCGCCAACCUCAGCCACGCCGCGGCGCAGAGGAUAGUCCGGGUGCCCAUCCUUUACCACGAGAACUCGGCCUCGGAGAGCGGAGGCGCCGCUGCCAACGUACCCGUGAGCCAGCCGCUGCUCACCUUCCCGCACCCCGGCGUCUACUACUCCCACCCCAUCGUCACAUCCGUGCCGCUGCUCAGACCGGUUUGAAAAUAACUGAGUUUUACGGCACAAAUUGGUGUCUAUUUCCAAAAUCAACUAAUGCGAAAAGUAAAAAAAAAAAAAAAAAAAAGGACACAGCCUAAUAUUUUUGUACAACUGACUAAAUGAAGAAACAAAGAAAAGAAAAGAGACACACUGUCAGGCCUACAUGGACCUAUUUAGGCAAAUAUGUUGUGUCAUUUUCCAUAAGGUUGCAGUUUACACGUGAUCCGACAAUUCAAUUUCAUAUUAUUAUUAUUAUUGUUAUUAUUAUUAUUAUGAUUAUAUGUAAUUAUCACCUCAGGAGUCCACCUGCUUACACUGCCUGAUGAGUGUUUUGGUUUUUUUUCUCCCUAGUUCUACACCAUGACUGUUGUUGACAGGACAAUGUUGUGUAAAGUACAAGAAAAUUUACAUUGUUUACAAAACCUGGCGGCCUAGAGGCGCGGGCCUGCUUAUCAUCUGACAGUUAUUUGGUUUAAUUUACAUUUCCAGAACUGAUAACACGAAUAUGUGCAAUACACUGACGGUGUGCUGUGAAUGAAUGAAUCCAUGUUUUGUCAUCCACGGUGGAAUAUUGAUGAGGCUCUUUUGCUUUUUUUGUAAUAUUUCCCUUUUUUUUUUUUUUUUUUUUUUUUUUGCUUUUCAAAGCGCUUGACGGGGGACAAUCAAGACACUCUCAACUGUAAAAAUAGCCAUGUAGCUUUAUGUUUAGUUUUAGUGAUUCUCACUCCUGCUCCCUCCACACGGACACGUCCUUCAAGCACAAGUGUGAGCUCCACUGUCACUUAAUCUACUAAAAAUAUCGACUACACUGGUGUACAAAAUAUGUAAAUGUAUAUAUUUAAUGAGGAGCGGGGAGAGGAGCUGCCACUUGCGGCUUCUUCUUUGUACAGAAAAAAAACAACGUUUUGAUAUUGUAUUGCUGAACCAUGUUGUGAAAUAAAUGGAGAAUAUUCCUUACAUUUUUA